AUGUCGCAACGACGGUAUCCCCCUAGUGAGGCCGCCCAGUCUGGGACGCCUCACACAGCACACCAGCUAGGUCCGAUAGAAGAGAACAUCGACGAGGCUGCAUCUACUCUGGUCAGCCCCAACCCCAACCGGCAAAGCAAAACCGAUAGCACAGAUACAGCGGGCGAUCUAUUGAAAGAUGAUAUCGGCGCGGAGAAUGAGGACAUCAUCGUCGACGUCGCUCGCAGUCUGUCUCGCGUCUCUCAAGAGUUCUCUCGUGUCUCCCGAGACUUCGCGAGUCGGGGCGUCAACACGUUUCUUGAUCCAGGUAGUCGGCCAGACCUCGACCCGCAGUCGAAUAAUUUCAACUCGAGGCGAUGGGUGAAGAAUAUGCUGGAUGUUUGCGCGAGGGACCCCGAUCGAUAUCCGCGACGGAGUGCAGGGGUGAGUUUUCGGAACCUGAACGUCUUUGGGUACGGGUCUGCGGUGGAUUAUCAGACGACUGUUUCGAACAUGUGGUUGAAGGGGGUUGGAUGGCUUCAAGGGGUCCUGGGGUCCGGGAAGAAGGUUCGUAUCGAUAUUCUGCGGAACUUUGAGGGCUUCGUGAGGAGUGGAGAGAUGCUUGUUGUGCUUGGACGGCCUGGAAGUGGCUGUUCGACCUUCCUCAAAACAAUCGCAGGCGAAACACACGGCCUAUACCUCGACGAAGGCGCCGACGUCCAGUACCAAGGCAUCCCAUGGGAGGAAAUGCACACCCGUUUCCGAGGCGAAGUUAUUUACCAAGCCGAAACUGAGAUCCACUUCCCCCAGCUCACAGCAGGCGACACCCUUCUCUUCGCAGCAAAUGCGCGUGCACCAGCAAAUCGCUUCCCUGGCGUCACCCGUGCACAAUAUGCAGAGCAUAUGCGGGACGUCAUCAUGGCCAUGUUGGGCCUGACACAUACCAUGAACACGCCUGUCGGUAGUGACAUGAUCCGCGGCGUGUCUGGGGGAGAGAGGAAGCGAGUUAGUAUUGCUGAGACAACGCUGUGUGGCUGUCCGCUGCAAUGCUGGGAUAACAGCACCCGUGGUCUCGACAGUUCCACGGCGCUGGAGUUUGUCAAGAACCUCAGCCUGUCAACACAGUAUAGCGGAUCCACAGCCAUCGUCGCCAUAUAUCAGGCCAGUCAAGCUAUCUACGACCUCUUCGACAAAGUCAUUGUUCUGUACGAAGGCCGCCAGAUCUAUUUCGGCAAUGCAUCGGAAGGCAAACGCUUUUUCGUCAAGAUGGGAUUCGAGUGUCCGGACAGACAAACCACCGCCGACUUCCUAACCUCGCUAUCCAGCCCAGUUGAACGACGAAUUCGACAAGGCUUCGAGCAUCUCGUGCCUCGCACGCCAGACGAAUUCGCCGCUCGAUGGAGAGACAGCGCGGAACGCAAACAACUCUUAAUCGACAUCGAGAACUUCCAGAACGAAUACCCCCUGGGCGACGGAAAACUGGAGGAAUUCUCACGCUCCCGGCAGGCAGAGAAAGCCAAGUUCACACGGAACACCUCGCCGUAUACCAUUUCCUACUCCAUGCAAAUCUCCCUAUGUCUCCGUCGCGGUUUCCUGCGUCUCAGAGGUGACAUGAGCAUGACCAUGGCGACAGUCAUCGGCAACAUCAUCAUGUCCUUGAUCGUCGCCAGCGUCUUCUACGACCUGGACGAGACAACUGGUAGCUUCUUCUCGCGUGGCGCCUUGCUCUUCUUUGCAAUCCUGCUGAAUGCCUUCGCAAGCGCCCUCGAGAUCCUGAGUCUCUGGCAACAACGAGCCAUCGUCGAGAAGCAUGACAAGUACGCGCUGUACCACCCGUCCGCUGAAGCGAUUAGCUCGAUGAUCGUCGAUAUGCCAGCGAAAGUAAUCGUCGCGAUAGUGUUCAACGUGAUACUCUACUUUAUGAGUAAUUUACGUCGCACGCCGGGCCACUUCUUCAUUUUCCUGCUGUUUUCUGCAACGACGACUUUGACCAUGUCUCAUAUCUUCCGUUGGAUUGGGGCCGUGUCUCGCUCACUAGCGCAAGCGUUGGUUCCGUCGUCGAUCUUCAUGAUGAUUCUCGUCAUCUAUACAGGGUUUACUAUACCGACAAGAGACAUGCAUCCGUGGUUUCGAUGGUUGAAUUAUCUCAACCCGAUCGCUCAGUACGCAUUCGAGUCCCUGAUGAUCAACGAAUUCAGCGAUCGCCCGUUCCCAUGCACCACGUUCCUUCCCAGCGGACCGGGGUACGAGAACAUACCCGUAGAAGCAAGGAUCUGCUCCGAAAAGGGCGCAGUAGCUGGUCAGAAUUUCAUCGAUGGCGACGCAUACAUCAACACCUCGUACGAAUAUUUCCGUCCGCAUCUGUGGCGCAACUAUGGUAUCCUUCUGGGGUUUUUGUUCUUCUCGUUGUUCGCAUACAUCGUGACAACGGAAAUAGUACGCGCGAAGCCGUCCAAGGGUGAGGUUCUGGUCUAUCCUCGUGGCAAGAUUCCUGUAUUCGCAAGGCAAACCCACUCGGACGAUGAUCCGGAAGCUGGUGCUGUGUCGGAGAAACCGCAGCAACAAGACCUCCAAGACCACGAGGUUGCGGCUAUCCUCAGGCAAACAUCGAUCUUCCAUUGGCAAGAUGUCUGUUACGAUAUCAAGGUGAAGGGCGAAAACCGUCGGAUUCUGGAUCAUGUGGAUGGCUGGGUCAAGCCUGGCACCCUUACGGCACUGAUGGGCGUGACGGGAGCCGGGAAGACUAGUCUGCUGGACGUUUUAGCCAACCGUAUCACAAUCGGCGUGGUCACCGGUGAAAUGCUAGUGGAUGGACGUCUCCGGGAUGAUUCCUUCCAACGGAAGACUGGGUAUGUUCAGCAGCAGGAUCUGCAUCUGGAAACGAGUACUGUCCGGGAGGCUCUCAAGUUCAGCGCAAUUCUUCGUCAGCCGGCGACCACGCCCUUGAGGGAGAAGAUGGAGUAUGUGGAGCAGGUAGUCAAGAUGCUUGGUAUGGAGGAGUACGCGGACGCGGUUGUCGGUGUCCUGGGCGAGGGUUUGAACGUCGAGCAGCGGAAGCGGUUAACGAUUGGUGUCGAGAUCGCUGCCAAACCAGAUUUGCUACUCUUCUUCGACGAGCCUACUUCGGGACUUGAUAGUCAAACAGCAUGGUCGAUUUGCACGCUCAUGCGCAAGCUAGCAGACCAUGGACAGGCGAUUUUGUGCACGAUUCACCAGCCCUCCGCCAUGUUGAUGGAACAAUUCGAUCGGCUCCUCUUCCUAGCUCGCGGAGGAAAGACGGUGUACUUCGGAGACCUGGGCACCAACAUGGAGACCUUGAUCCAGUACUUCGAAAAGAACGGAUCUUCCCGUUGCCCCAAGAACGCAAAUCCGGCUGAGUGGAUGUUGGAGGUCAUCGGAGCAGCUCCAGGAUCCCAUGCAGAGAAGGACUGGCCGGAAGUAUGGAAGUCGAGUCCGGAACGUGAACUGGUGCGAGAGGAACUGGAAUUCAUGAAGGAGGAACUAUCGCAGCGACCAGUUAACUCUCGAGCAAAGGAAUAUGGGGAGUUUGCGAUGCCUUUCUGGGCGCAGUUUCUCGUUUGCAUUCAACGCAUGUUCCAGCAGUACUGGCGCAGCCCGACGUACAUUUACUCCAAGGCUGCCAUGUGCGUUAUCCCGCCUCUCUUCAUUGGGUUUACGUUUUGGCGCGAGCCCACGAGUAUGCAAGGUCUACAGAACCAAAUGUUUGCCAUUUUCAUGCUUUUGGUGAUCAUGCCGAAUCUGGUUCAACAGAUGAUGCCGUACUUUACGAUGCAGCGGGCCUUGUAUGAAGUGCGUGAGCGACCGUCCAAGGCGUACUCGUGGAAAGCAUUCAUGCUGGCAAGCAUUGUGGUUGAGCUCUCAUGGAAUACACUAAUGGCAGCGCCGGUAUUUUUCUGCUGGUACUAUCCUAUCGGUUUGUAUCGGAAUGCGUCUCCCACAGACUCGGUCAUUGAGCGGGGCGGUACGAUGUUCCUGCUGAUCCUGAUCUUCCUGAUGUUUGCUUCAACAUUCGGGUCAAUGGUUAUUGCCGGAAUUGAGAAUCCGGAUACGGGAAGUAACAUUGCGCAGCUGUUAUUCUCCAUGUGUCUCAUCUUCAACGGAGUGCUUGCAACCCCAGAAGCUUUGCCCGGGUUCUGGAUUUUCAUGUAUCGUGUUUCACCAUUCACAUACCUGAUAUCAGCGGUGCUUUCGACCGGUCUGGCCAGAAACGACGUAGAGUGUUCGUCAAUCGAAUUGCUGCACAUCCCCCCACCGGAGGGCCAGAACUGCUCGAGCUAUCUCGGGCCGUACGUCGAGCAAGCCAUGGGAAGGCUAAUCAAUCCGGAGGCACGGUCAGACUGUCAAGUGUGCUCUCUGUCCCAAACGGAUCAGUUCUUAGCAGGGGUGAGCAUUUACUAUUCCGACCGCUGGCGUAAUGUUGGACUGCUGUUUGCGUAUAUUGGGUUCAACGCUGCGGCCGCGGUAUUCCUGUACUGGUUGGUCCGGGUCCCGAAGAAGCGGACACGCAAAGCGAAAACCGAAUGA